AUGAAGGAGGCCGACGCAAUCAAGCUCUUCAUCGGGCAGAUACCCCGGAACUUGGAGGAGAAGGACCUGAAGCCCAUUUUUGAACAGUUUGGGAAGAUAUAUGAGUUAACGGUCAUAAAGGACAAAUACACAGGCAUGCACAAAGGAUGUGCCUUCCUGACUUACUGCGCACGCGAGUCUGCCCUCAAAGCCCAGAAUGCACUGCACGAGCAGAAGACAUUACCAGGGAUGAACCGUCCCAUCCAGGUGAAGCCAGCGGACAGCGAGGGCAGAGGGGAAGACAGGAAGCUGUUUGUAGGUAUGUUGGGAAAGCAGCAGGCGGACACUGACGUGAGGAAGAUGUUUGAGCCGUUCGGCAGCAUAGAGGAGUGCACGGUGCUCCGCGGACCUGAUGGUACCAGCAAAGGGUGUGCAUUCGUAAAAUUCCAGAACAACACCGAGGCCCAGUCUGCCAUCAGUGCUCUACACGGGAGCCGCACUCUACCAGGUGCGUCGUCUAGCCUGGUGGUGAAGUUCGCCGACUCAGAGAAAGAGAGAGGGAUCCGGCGAAUGCAGCAGGUGGCCUCUCAGCUGGGGGUCAUCAGCCCUAUGACCCUUCACCUCGGGGCCUAUAAUGCCUACACACAGGCUUUGGUGCAGCAGCAGGCGCUCGUGGCCCAAUCAGCCUAUCUAUCCCCCGUCGCCACGGUUGCAGCUGUUCAGAUGCAACAGCUUGCUGCCCUGAACCCCAGCAGCAUCAUUGCCACGCCAAUCGCAUCCAUCACCCCCUCCUCAGGUACCAGCACCCCACCUUCCAUUGCAGCCACACCAGUUCCUGCCCUGCCUCCACAAAUUGUUAACAGUUAUGCCUCAGUGCCAGCUCCACCCAAUGGGCAGUCAGCAACUGAAGCCCUGUAUGCUAAUGGGGUUCAUGCAUAUCAAGCUCAGAGUCCUGUCCUGGAUCCCCUGCAACAAGCUUACACAGGCAUGCAGCACUACACAGCCACCUAUCCUGCUGCGUAUGGCCUGGUGGGCCAGCCAUUCCCCCACCAGCCCACACUAGUGGCACAGCAGCCACAGCAGCCCCAACAGCUGCAGCAACGAGAAGGUCCUGAGGGCUGUAACAUCUUCAUCUACCACCUGCCUCAAGAGUUCACCGACUCCGAGAUGCUGCAGAUGUUCCUGCCCUUUGGCAACGUCAUUUCAGCCAAGGUUUUUGUCGACCGAGCCACCAACCAGAGCAAAUGCUUUGGGUUUGUGAGUUUUGACAAUCCAUCAAGCGCCCAGACAGCCAUUCAGGCCAUGAACGGCUUCCAGAUUGGCAUGAAGAGACUGAAGGUGCAGCUGAAGAGGCCCAAGGAUGCCAACAGACCCUAUUGA